AUGUGAUUUUCAUGAAUAUUCUUCUCUCAAGAUCAGUUUUCUAGAGAACCGCCGCUGAGUGAGUUGAAAAUAAGGGGAGAAUGACGGUAUAGCUGAUUCUAAUAAAAAAUGGGAGAAUUUUCAUACGAAACGUGACAAAAUGUUACGUGUGAAACAUACAUGCGAUAUCUUCUUAGGAUUUCGUGGAAGACACGUUAUCUAAAAUCUCACAAUAUGACGAAUGAUUACGUGUCCGACAACUGAUACAUGUGAUACGAGAUUAGAUUCCUGUCAACAUUUUCGGCGACGUACAUUUCACCCUUAACGACCCGAGUGCACCGGACGAGCACAAGUCUUAUUACUUCCUCCAAACAAUACGCCCUGAUGCGUCCUUCCGAAUGAUCAAUAGCUUUCGCGUAACCAACUUCUCUUCCGCCGAUCUUUGUACGCGGAGAACUGCGCUCCGACUGGAGAGAUCCUGCGUGUUGAGCUGAGCGUCGUCCAUCGCUACUAUAUUGAUCUACCUGUCUCAGGGUUAUAUUCGGCCGCGUGUUUCAGCGCAGUACCCUCCGGUCCUUCACCACGAGAUCAUCACGGGAUCUCUCUCGUUUCGUUCGCUCAAAUAAUCGCAUUAUCGCAUCGCGUUCGUUGCUCGCUAUCAAAAAAAUAUCGCGGUUAUCUAUUCAGAUAACGCAGGCCACAAAUCACUUCUUUUUCGGGUACCCACUCGUUUCAGGUGAACGUUGUUGUUAGUCAGACCGACUCAUCACGCGUCGAUUCGUGCAUAAUUAACGGUUUUCCUCGUAUCCUUGUUAUCGGAACGACGGAUCGAUUGUGACCCGAGCCGAACAGUAUACGUCGAGACGGAACUAUUCAACUCGAGUAGCUAGUUGUUAAGACGGCGGAGCGAGUUAAUUUCACGACUGCUUCUCCUCCUGCGAGAAUGAUCGCGUCUCUGCGAAUUCCGUCGUGUCGAUGAGAAAAUGCCGCGAUGCUGCGGCGCUCCUUUAAUUUCCGCCGCGGACGGCAACGGGUCUCCGCAGAGUCUUGGUUUGCAGAUCCAGGACGGUAACCCGCGAAACAAGACAGCCUUAGCUCCGGGGCAUAGUUUGAUGGACUGGAUCCGUCUGGGUAAUUCAGGGGUCGAUUUAACCGGAGUUGGUGGCAUACCACGAGUCGUAACAUUAUCCGAGCUCGCUAAUCAUAACAAGCAAACUGACGCUUGGAUCGCAAUUCGAGGGAUCGUAUUCAACGUCACGCGUUACAUGGACUUCCAUCCGGGUGGGGUCGACGAACUGAUGAGGGGUGUCGGGAAAGAUGCCACGAAAUUAUUCGAAAACGUGCACGCUUGGGUAAAUUAUCAGAGCAUUCUGCAAAAAUGCGUCGUAGGCAAGCUGAGUCGCGGCUCCUCGUCCGCGUCGAGUGCUGCUCCCGUGACGGAAAAGUCGGCUGCGGGUGCGAACAAUUGUUCGUCCGUGACGUUGGGUUUUAGCAAAAGUUUCGCCGUACCAAAAGUAGUCGAAAAGAACUCGGAUUUGCCGAAUGUAAAUUUGGACUGGCGACAAACUUCCAACUCUAUCACGCUUUUUUAUCAAGCCAUACGCAACUAUCCGGGAAUAUAUUACCAACUGCAACGGUUGAGUGACUCAAAGUUCAUUUUCAGGCUGACUUUUGAAAAGCACAUAGUCACUCACGAGCUCGAAUUGAUCGCAGAUGUGGAAUGGCCUCCAACGUGUAAGAGAAAUUUCGACACGAUGCAGGUAGACUUUACGUUUACAAAGAGGACCAAAGAUAUUUGGAAAUCUCAGGGAGAGUUACGGGAGAAUACGUUAUCGAGAGGAUCAGUUGCGAACAAACGCACGUACAAAGAGUACGAAGUACUCAAUAAUACACCCAUUUGCAAACUAGUUAAUCUAUUAAUCUUGCGUGCGAAAGACUCUCUAGAAUUAAUUCCUAUCGGUAGACAUAUAGAAGUUAAAAUGAAUAUUAUGGGAAUGGAAGUGUCGAGAUCGUAUACGCCUGUCCCACCGUGCCUUCAUCCCGAAGAUAUGGCGCCAAAUUACCAGCCGGAUUGUGUUUGCUUGAUGGUAAAGCGAUAUCCGAAUGGCGCUCUCAGUCCGUCCAUCACCGCGUUACAACCUGGCCAAACCCUUAUUAUGAGCAAUGGUUUAGGUGCCUUUGUGAUCGAAUUAUUCGAUCGGUAUCCUGUCAUCCACAUGUUGGCAGGUGGAACAGGUUUAACCGCAAUGUUAGGAAUUAUUCAGCGGGCGCUAGCCAGACGCAGUGUGGCACUAAUCAAUCUCUUAAACUUCAAUAAGGACGAGGACAAUAUGUUUUACGUGUCGCAGCUCGACAAAGUGUCUAUGGAGAAGAAGUUCAAAAUUACACAUAUCCUGUCACAAGCGGGCGAUAAAUGGGAAGGUAGACGCGGCGUCGUGUCCGAUGUAUUGUUAAGAGAAUUGAUUGGCGAGUACUCGUUAGAGGGGUGUAUAUUCAUUUGCGGACCAAAAGGGUUUAUGCUCUCUGCGAAAAAGUGUAUUCAGAAACUUGGUUGGGCAUCUUACCAAAUAUACGAGUUCGACUCUUAAUCGUCUGCGUUGAAAGUACAUGUGCCCAAUAUGUGUUUCCUCCUUUCCGAUAGAGCCUAACGAGAGACCAGAAAUCGUACCUGUCGAACCACACGGAUUUCAGUUAAACGUUUACUACGGAAGCCGUGACAACUGAGUGGACCGAGUCAUUAACCGAGUGUCAUUAAUCGAUGUGUAUUUUUCUGAAAUUAUGAAGAUUUGUAAGCACUUUUACUCUCAUAUGUCCGCCCAUAAACGGUACUUUUUAGCUGCGAUAAAUUGUAAUACUGUCUAUAAAGUAGAUUUACAUGUGAUUUUACAGCUGUACGGUGUAGUGAGAAAAUGGGGGGAAAACCGUUGCGCGAUUUAGAUAGAAAAAUGAGAUAUAUAUCUCGCUAAACUGGAAGACUGAGUUCUACCGGAAACGUUGUUCCGUAACUGUAGAAAGAAAUGUAUGAUUAAAUAGUUAUGUCAAAUGAAAACUCGACAUUGGAUUUGAAAUUCGGAAGUGAGGGAGAGAAAUUUGAAUGGUAACCACACUAUAUUUCAUUUUAGUUUUACCAUUGGCCGAUUGAAAAGUUUAUCGUAUAUCGUGCAUCAAUAUGAUAUAAUAUAGUUGUCAUCUCUAUAUUUGAUAGCAUGAUAUUACACUUGGUGUUUUUCAGAACAGAUUAGAGAUUGCGGUAAAAAGAAAUAAUUUUAAUUGCGUGUAGCGCAUUAGUUGUUCUCAUAGUACGUCGGAGGUACAUACUUUUUUCUUUGGGACUUCCAAACGCGUUUAUAGUACAAUAUGCACAAUUAAGCGGGCGCAACACACGACCGUGUAAUGUCAACGCGUCGAUAUUGUUUCCUCGAUUAUGAUUGUAGAAUGUACCAUUUUUUGUAAAGUCAGUCUUAAGUGUAUACGUAUAAAUAUAUAUAUAUAUAUAUAUAUAUUGUUUGUAUUAAUAUGAUUACGAUCAAGUGUAGUGUGUUACUCUUCUCAAAGACAAAUGGUGUAGAGGAUACUGCGCAUUUAUACAUAUAUAGGUAUGCAUGCCAGUAUUAAUUGAGAAUAAAUGAAUAUUGAAUGACUA